UUCUGGUUGUUGAAGACAACAACACAUAUAUUGACUAAAUCCUUUCUUUUAAAUUCAUAGAUUUCACAAAAAAAAGCUUCAAAGAUUGAGGUCAAAGCUUCAUCUGCUUCCGUUAGUUUGAAUUUCCAACAAACCCCACUAGGUUUGGUGUGAGUGAUGGAAAUGGAAGUUGGAGAAGAGAAUAAGGACAGGUUCAGUGAUUUGCCUGACUGUGUUUUACUCCGAAUAUUGAAAUUUAUGAACACAAAACAUGCUGUCCAAACUUGUGUCUUGUCUACCAGAUGGACCAACCUUUGGAAAUCUCUCACUAAUCUUGAUUUCAAUUCCCAUGACUUCAUUAGCCUUUACUAUUUCAACAACUUUGUGUAUCAGAUCCUAUCUCGCCGAGACGACUCCAUUUCGUUACGGGGUCUUGAUUUAAGGCGGCGAGGUUGUAUUGACCCUGAACUCCUAGAUAGGGUCAUGACAUACGGUGUUUCGCAUAAUGUCCGGAAGUUUAGAGUUGAAGUUAAUUUAUAUUUCAAACAUGAUUUCAAGUUGCACCCUUGUAUCUUUUCUUGUCAAACUUUGACAUAUCUUAAGCUUUCCGUCUGGGCCGUCCCGUCGAUGACAGAACUACCAACUUCCCUUCAGUUGCCGGUGUUGAAAAGCUUGCAUCUCGAGCACGUCACGUUUUCUGCGAACGACGAUGGUUGUGCUGAGCCAUUUUCGAAUUGUCACAUGUUGAAGAAUUUGGUUCUUGACCGAUGUAAUCUACACUGCAAUGCGAAGUUCCUCACGGUAUCUAAUUCUAGCAUUUCGUGUUUGACAAUAGGUAGUACUAUUCAAGAAGUAGCUUACAAAAUUGUGAUUUCUACUCCCAACCUCAGUUCUCUCACUGUCAUGCGUGAUCUCAUUCAUGAUGUUUCUGCGUGCAAUCUUUGUUUUCUUGAAGAAGUAAAUAUCGAUGUUGAAGCCUAUUUUCAUACGAAUCUCGAGAGGACUUAUUCGGUGUUAAUAAGUUGGCUGCAAGUGUUCGCUAAUUAUGUACAGACGAUGACACUCUCUUCAAGUACGCUUAACAUACUAAAUGUUCUCUUAACUACUGAUUCAAUGAUAAGUCAAUUUCCUUGCUGUGCAAGAUUGAAGUUGUUGAAAUUGGAAAUGAAAUCUUCUUCAAGUAUAUCAGAUGAGGUAGUAAGCAGGAUAGUGAAGUUCUUGCUUCAAAAAUCUCCGUUGGCCAAAGUUGAUAUGAUAGAUUGCGAGUGAUAUAUAUGCAUGCAUAACGCCUCAGGUUCGUUGUUUAGCUUGGCAGUUCUCUGCAUUUUGGUUUUGGUAUGGUGAUGUAACUAAAAACUUACUUUGUAAGGUUCAUCAAAGUUUCAAGCUAUGAGUCUCUCUCUUUCUAUAUAUACUUACGAGUGGAAGUCUUACAGUGCGUUUGUUUUGGCCAUAGAAACAUUAAUGUGCAUCCACUCAAAAUCUCGAGUUUGUAGCUUCUGUUUUGACCUUGAAACAACGCGGUUGCAGUGCGCUUUUUACUCUUUCAGAUAGAUGAUCAAAGAUUAUUAAUCUAUUUAGAUGUUUGAUUGUAGGUAAUAUUAACUUUUUUUAUUGAGGGUUGUAUGGUAGAACUACUAGUCAAUUGUAACUUUCUUUUGUAUACCAUUGAUGUUGAAAUUUGGAUGCAACUGAAUUAUAGCACUAUUUUACCAUCACCUAUUUAUAGUGGUGUGCAUGGUUACCUAAUUACAAGAAUCAAUCCAUUUUAUUGGUUUAAGUUUUAAAAAUUAAACUAUUUAUUUUGAUUGGGGUAUGACAGUCUCAAAUAUAUUUAUUUUGAUUGGCUUAUGCUGAGACUAAGAAAACACAAUAUGAGUAGCACCGACCGACACAACACUUCAGAUUAAAGGCGUAUCUGGUGUCUGAUACGGGGACAAUAUCGACACGUAUGAUUACGUUUGAUCACCUCUAUUUCUGAAAUCACUAUUGUGUCCAUGUAUCACUGUCUGGUGUUUGAUGUUUCAUAGAAAGCAAUGGCGUAUAUUGUUUUAUUCAUGGAGAUCAGGAAAAUGUAGGUCUUGCAGUUGGAAUUGCCCGAGUAGAAUAAUAAGAACCAUUUGAAUUGAGAGAAUGAUGUUUGGUGAAAUCUUCUAUUUGCAACUGAGUUGAGUCUGCAUUAGAAAACAAAGUUCUUAUUUGGAUGCCUUUUAAAUUGUAAUAGAAUUAUUUAGUGGCAAUCAAAUUUGAUUUGAACUGUCUUUUUCGUUAUAUUUAAUAUAUGUUAGAUUAAGCUGUAAGGACAGAACUGCUGCUGAAAAAGAAGGCCACAUAACAUACUGAAGAAUCUGAAAUGUCUGUGUCAAGUUUUAAUUCCUGAAAAUGGAUCAAAUAGUAUUUCAUGUGAUUGUGUUGUACUCUUGUAUGAAAUAUUUGAAGCAUUUUUAUAUCGGAUAGUGCUGAAUGGAAUGGUUCAGAAAAACUGAAUUUUGUUUUUUCAAACUGUUCAUCGGGUUCGUAAUUUAGCUUGACAGUUCUCUGCAUUUUGGUUUUGGUAUGGUGGAACUAAAAACUUACCUUGUAAGGUUCAUCAAAGUUUCAAGCUAUGAGUCUCUCUCUUUCUAGACAACUGUAUGGUAGAACUAAUAGACAAUUGUAACUUUCCUUUGUAUACCAAGGCUCUUUUGAUGUUGAAA